UAGAAAAGGCGCUUCCUUGCCUCAGUAAGCGGACCUUUCCCCCCUCCUCCUCCUCCUCCUCUUCCUCCUCUUCCUCCUUCAACCUUCAACUCACUUGUUUACGCCGUGGGGACCCGGAGGAGGAAUCUUCCGCCGCAGAGUUUCCUUUCAGAGAUCCUGGGAGUGGACGGGGAAGUGCGACCUGCUUUCACUCCGUCUCCAGAACAUUUUCCAAGCGGCUCCUCGCCAUGUCUGCUCCUGUUUACCCAGGCUUUCAGAGCAACGCACCCUACCCGAUGCCUCAGCCCGGCGGCCACCCCGGAGCCCCUUACCCGGGUCCCGCGGGCGGGUACGGAGACCCCGGCCAAGCCCCUCCGGCUGGCUUCAACAUGGGCUACGAUCCAGGCCAAGCUCCUGUCAUGUAUCAGCCAGGUCCCGCCGGGCCGGGCCCGAUGGCGGCCCCGGAGUACGGCGCCCCUCACGGAGGGAUCGCGCCGGCCCCGGUCGGGUCUCCAGCUGUGGUGCCUGUCGGGGUCCCACCGGGGCUCGAGUACCUCACGCAGAUUGACCAGAUCCUGAUUCAUCAAAAAGUGGAACUCCUAGAGGUGUUCAUCGGGUUUGAGACCAACAACCAGUACGAGAUAAAGAACAGUCUGGGCCAAAAGAUCUACAAGGCCAAGGAGAAGAACGACUGCUGCACCAGGAACUGCUGCGGCUCGCUGCGCAGCUUCGACAUGAAGAUCAAGGACAACAUGGACCGGGAGGUCAUCCGCCUCAUCCGGCCUUUCCGCUGCGUCUCCUGCUGGUGUCCCUGCUGCCUGCAAGAGAUGGAGGUCCAGUCACCGCCGGGCACCACCAUAGGCUACGUCAAACAGGACUGGCACCCUUUCCUGCCAAAGUUCUCCAUCCAGGGACCCAACAAGGAGACGUUGCUGAAACUGGACGGGCCUUGCUUCGCCUGCAACUGCUGCGGAGACGUCAACUUUGAGCUGAAGAGCAAAGACGGGGACAAGCCCAUCGGUCGCAUCAGCAAGCAGUGGAGCGGCCUUUUGAAGGAAGUCUUCACCGACACCGACAACUUUGGCAUCCAGUUCCCGCUGGAUUUGGAUGUGAAGAUAAAAGCUGUUCUCAUGGGAGCCUGCUUCCUCAUAGAUUUCAUGUUCUUUGAGAAGGUCGGGGAGGCCAACCAGCGCAGCACGGUGUUUUCAUAAGAGGAAAAAAGGAGGAAACAACUACAACACGGGAGCCAAGUUCCAGUAAUGCUUGUUAUCCAGUUCUGUGUUCAUGUACUUUGCAUUAUUGCAUUUGUUUUUCUUCAAUUCCUGUCUUGACCAGAUUUGAGCCUAAAUGGUGCUAAUCCCAGGAUUAUUUUACACACACAGACCAAAAUGAACUCACAAACUCUUGAUUCCAGAUGCCUGCAUUGGAUUGUUUUGUUAAAUCUAUCCAAAUCCACAUGUUCCUUGCACUCUUUUUGAUGUGGCUGAUUUUUACCUCCAUUUUUAAUUCCUGCCAAAGAAAGUCAACCAUGUUCAUAUUUAUUGCCGUGUACUUUUACCCAUGCCGAUUGUCGGCAUGGUAACCAUUCAACCUUUUGAACGUCGGGUAGUAUGCUGACAUCAGCAGUUACCACAACGCACCAAACACCGCCUCAGAGUUUUAGUCUGGCUGUAUGCUAUUGAUCUUAUAAAUAACAAAAAAAAACAUUGAAACAUUAUUCAGAUCUUAUAGGAUAAAUGGUAGUGUCUUUUGGUCAACAGUUCUUACCAAAGUGCUCUUUUUCUACCUCUCUCUCUCUCUCGAGACCUUCUGCCUUCAGUGUACAUUCCAUCUUAACAAUACUGUAGUACAGGCUACAGUGCAAAUGCUCUCUUGCUCCACCUGUGCUUUAGUGGUUACCAUGGACACUGGUGUCACUGACUAACCUGCUCCAGAUGCCGCUGCCUUUAACAUGUGCCACUGCAAUAAUACAGUAAUCUGUGUGAAGGAGGACUGGAAGGAAAAACUCAAAAGCAGAAGCUAAGGUCACUCCCAGUCACUCGGUGGCGGAGUAUUAGGAAACACGUUGACUUUCUGUAACUUAGUGUAGCGGGAAGAGACCUGAACGUGAACUUGUGAAAUCCGAUUGUGCCGUGGAUCGUUGCGCUUUAGCCUGGAUUAUAAGAAAAAUGUCAGGCGUGUGUUUCGCGAAUGCUCCGAGUGCCUCGUGAAGGCAACUCUCUGCUUUUUGUGUUUCUCUCUCGUGAGACAACAUGGGUGCGCCUCCCGUGAGGCUUGGUUGCUGUUAAAUGCAGCUCGCUGACGUCAGCAACCCCCUGUGUCUUUAUACAUUGUACAUGCGAUCAUCAACCUCUGUGCAGCCUGACCUCAGACAAAGAAAGUACGACCAAAUGUUGUACAGCACAUUCAUUUGUUCAUUAUGUCAGUAUGAGGAUCAUCCACUGUUUGUGUUUUUUUAAUCUGCUGCGAGCGAGAUGUGUGUCUAUUAGAAUAAUUGUAAAAUACCCUGUACUUCAUAAAUAAAUAAAUGUAUAUGAAUCCAUA